ACCAGGAAGUCCAUUUCAGAGAAAACGGAACUCAGCAGAAAGUUCAGUCUCUCUCUCUCUCUCUCUCUCUCAGUACAGGAAAAUGGCGGAGGCUGGUGUUUCAGUAGAUCAGUUAUCAGUGGAUCAGUUCAGCUGUCCAGUGUGUCUGGAUCUCCUGAAGGAUCCUGUAGCUAUUCCCUGUGGACACAGUUUCUGUAAGGUGUGUAUUAAUGGCUGCUGGGAUCAGGAGGAUGUGAAGGGCGUCUACAGCUGCCCCCAGUGCAGUAUGAUUUUCGCUUCACGGCCUGUUCUGUGCAGGAACAACAUGCUGGCUGAAGUGGUGGAGAAGCUGAAGAAGACUGAACACCAAGCUGCUUCUCCUGCUCACUGUUACGCUGGACCUGGAGAUGUGGAGUGUGAUUCCUGCACUGGGAGAAAACGCAAAGCCACUAAUUCCUGUCUGGUGUGUCUGGCCUCCUAUUGUGAAGAUCAUCUUAAACCUCACUAUGAGUCUCCUGCCUUUAAGAAGCACAAGUUAGUUGAAGCCUGUGCAGAGCUCCAAGAGAAGAUCUGCUCUGAACAUGGCAGACUGAUCGAGAUCUUCUGUCGUACUGACCAAAGCUUCAUCUGUUAUUUGUGUACGACGGAUGAACAUAAAGGCCAUGAUACAGUUUCAACUAAAGCAGAAAUAAAUGCAAAACAGAAUGAGCUAAAGGAGGAGCAGAUGAAAUCCCAGCAGAGGAUCCAGGAGAAGCAGAAGGAGGUGCAGGAGCUGAAACAGACUGUGGACACUAUUAAGAAGCGUUCACAGGCAGCAGUAGAUGACAGUGAGAGGAUCUUUACUGAGAUGAUCAGCUCCAUGGAGAAAAAGCGCUCGGUGGUAACGGAGCUGAUCAGAGCUCAGGAGAAAGCUGACCUGAGUCGAGCUGAACAACUCCUGAAGCAACUGGAGCAGGAGAUUGCUGAUCUUCAGAGGAGAGUCACUGAGCUGGAGCAGCUUUCACACACACACGAUCACGUCCACUUCCUCCAGAGUUUCCCGUCUCUCUGUGUUUCUCCUGGAUGUGACGACUCACCCAGCUUCACUGUCAAUCAACAUCUCUCAUUUGAUGGAUUGAGGAAAUCUCUCUCAGAUCUGAAAAAACGAGUCGAGGAAAUCUGUGAGGAGGAAUUCAACAAAAUCCAUCCACAAGCUGCAGCAGUUAACAUGAUUUUACCCUCAAAACCGAAGAGCAGAGAAGAUUUUCUGCUGUAUUUCUGUGAUCUGACUCUGGAUCCAAACACAGUAAAUCCUAAACUCAUUCUGUCUGAGAAGAACAGAGCGGUGACGCACAGUGAGACAGAACAGAGAUACUCUGAUCAUCCAGAGAGAUUUGACUCCAGGUCUCAGGUGUUGUGUAAGGAGAGUGUGUGUGGACGCUGUUACUGGGAGGUGGAGUGGAGUGGUCGUGUGGAAAUAUCAGUCUCAUAUAAAGAGAUCAGCAGGAAAGGACGGGGUAAUGAGUGUGGGUUUGGAUUCAACAGUCAGUCCUGGAGUCUGCAGUGUUUUCCUUCCUCUGUCUAUUUCCGACACAACAACGUUAAGACUGUUCUCCAAGGUCCAUCACCCUCCAGAAUAGGAGUGUAUGUGGAUCACAGUGCAGGAACUCUGUCCUUCUACAGCGUCUCUGACACAAUGAGGCUCCUCCACAGAGUCCACACCACAUUCACUCAGCCUCUAUAUGCUGGGGUCUGGAUAUGGAAUUCUGUCUCAUCUGUGAAGUUUUGUGAUCCGAUGAAAAAAUGAAAAGUUGAAAUGUUGAGUAAAAUUAUAACCGAGGUGUCAGAUUGAAUUUCUCCCUGAAAUACAAAGACACUUGUGUGCAGAAACUGUAGUACUAAUGAAUUAUUUUCAAAGUGCUUGUUUUAUAGAUUAAUAGGCAAGUUCCAUAACAAUGUCUUAAUGCAAAAUGUAGGAUGUUUCUAGAAAAAAAAAGUUCUUAGUGCAUGCAUUUAAAAUAGUCUAUGAGAUUUAUUACACAGAUAUGAAAGUUUAGAAUGUCUCAUUCUGUUUUUCCUUUGGCAAAAUCUGUUUC